CAGUUCCCAACCACAUCUCCUCUCCUCCUCUCCCCAUCACCACAUCCAACUCCUACACCCCGUCAUCCUCUCCUUCUCCUUCUCUGUAUCUGUCUUAAUCACACACAGCAGGAAUGGUGAAGAUCAACGAAGUCAAAAGCAGCGGCCGCGACAGUCGGACAGCGACCCAUACGCACAUCAAGGGCCUCGGGCUCGACGACCAGGGCUUUGCGACUCGGGUAGAUGGCGGGUUCAUUGGCCAGACUGGUGCUCGCGAGGCAUGCGGAAUCAUCGUCGACAUGAUCAAAGCCAAGAAAAUGUCCGGCCGCGCGAUCUUACUCGCCGGCGGCCCGGGUACAGGCAAGACCGCGCUCGCGCUCGCAAUGUCGCAGGAGCUGGGCCCCAAGGUGCCGUUUUGCCCCAUCACCGGCAGCGAGAUCUUCUCGACCGAGGUUAAGAAGACGGAGGCUUUGAUGGAGAACUUUAGACGUGCAAUUGGCCUUCGAGUUAAAGAAACAAAGGAAGUCUACGAAGGAGAAGUCACAGAACUAACGCCCGAGGAGGCCGAAAACCCACUAGGCGGGUACGGCAAGACCAUCAGCCAUGUCGUCGUGGGACUAAAGUCGUUUAAAGGAACGAAGCAGCUACGUCUUGACCCGAGCAUCUACGAGUCGAUCCAGAAGGAGCGGGUUACCGUUGGUGAUAUCAUAUAUAUCGAGGCGAAUACUGGCGCCGUCAAGCGAGUCGGCCGUUCUGAUGCGUUUGCGACCGAGUUUGAUCUCGAAGCUGAAGAGUACGUGCCGCUGCCAAAAGGCGACGUGCACAAGAAGAAGGAGAUUGUGCAGGACGUAACGCUGCACGAUCUCGAUAUGGCGAACGCGCGCCCACAAGGCGGGCAGGACAUCAUGUCGAUGAUGGGCCAGCUGAUGAAACCGAAAAAGACCGAAAUCACCGACAAGCUGCGCCAGGAGAUCAACAAGGUCGUCAACAAGUACAUCGACCAGGGCAUCGCCGAGCUUGUUCCGGGCGUGCUGUUCAUCGACGAAGUCCACAUGCUCGACAUCGAGUGCUUCACGUACCUCAACCGCGCGCUCGAGUCCUCGAUCUCGCCCGUCGUCGUGCUGGCCUCGAACCGCGGGAUGGCCACCAUCCGCGGCACAGAAGACAUCGUCGCCCCGCACGGCGUCCCGCCCGAUCUCGUCGACCGCCUGCUGAUCGUGCGCACGCUGCCGUACAACAAAGACGAAAUCCGCCAGAUCAUCGAAAAGCGCAAGACGACCGAGGGACUCGCGAUGACAGACGACGCGCUCGAUAAGCUCGCGCAGCAGGGCGUCGACAGCAGUCUGCGCUACGCGCUGCAGCUGAUGGCGCCGGCGGGCAUUCUCGCGCGCGUGGGCGGCCGCGCGCAAAUCACAAUCACCGAUAUCGAGGAGGCGGAGGAGUUGUUUAUUGAUGCGAAGCGGAGUACGGCGAUCGUGCAGGCUGCGAAUGGAAAUUAUCUGCUGUGAUUUUUCUUCAUGUCGACGGUUUGGCGGAUGCGAGAGUGUUUUGGAUCUCGGAUAGAAGAGUUGCUGUGUGUACGAGUAAAUUUCCACCUUUAAUUUGAGUUGCUUAUAGCGUUUAUGUGCAAAAUCAAAGAAUAAAGAACCCAGAGUUAUACGA